AUGCCCCCGCCACAGGCAGUUGCAGGUCCCAAGGUCAAGUCUAGGACGUGGACGGCCUGGGACCAGCCCGCCGCAUUUCCCGGCCAGGCUCCUGCGCAGCACGUGACGUUGCUGCCCUCUAGUGGCCACAGUCAAAAUCGCAGGGCACGCGGAGUCCCUGUCGGCGGGAGAACGCAAGAGAGAGGCAACGACCCGGGACCUUUCUCCACGUGUAACGGCGAUAAAGUUGGCCUCACAGGGAUGCUUGAAGGAUCAGACACGCUGAUCCUUGGGAAAAGCGUGGAAAGUAUAAAACUACAUGUCAUCACGAGGUGUGAGCAAGUGCAGACUCUUGUUCCAAACCAGAGGAGACUGAGCAAGAUGUCCCGCAUCCAGCAGCGGCUGAUGAGCCGCUACCCGGUGUGCGGCAGUGACGGCAUCACCUACCCCAGCGGCUGCCAGCUGCGCGCCGCCAGCCUGAGGGCCGAGAGCCGCGGAGAGAAGGCCAUCACCCAGGUCAGCAAGGGCACCUGCGAGCAAGGUCCUUCCAUUGUGACGCCCCCCAAGGACAUCUGGAACGUCAGUGGCGCACAAGUGUACCUGAGCUGUGAGGUCAUCGGCAUCCCAACUCCCGUCCUCGUCUGGAACAAGGUAAAAAGGGGUCACUAUGGAGUUCAAAGGACAGAACUCCUGCCUGGUGACCGAGACAACCUGGCCAUUCAGACCCGGGGUGGCCCAGAAAAGCAUGAAGUAACUGGCUGGGUGCUGGUAUCUCCUCUUAGUAAGGAAGAUGCUGGAGAAUAUGAGUGCCAUGCAUCCAAUAGCCAAGGACAGGCUUCAGCAUCAGCAAAAAUUACAGUGGUUGAUGCCUUACAUGAAAUACCAGUGAAAAAAGGUGAAGGUGCUGAGCUGUAAGCCUGCGGAAUAUAUUAGCUUGCAUAGCUGAAGUAGUCACGGAUCACUCCAACCCCUGUUCUUGCCUAGUAACCAGUUUCUUUUCAUCCAGUCCACUAGUACUUUAGUUAUAUUCACUGGUUUUACACAGUGAAAUAGAAAGUAAAGGUAACACAUCAAGACUAUCUACAAAAAUUUAUUGCCUAUUUACAAAAGAAGAAGAGCAUGCUUAUCAUUAAACAAAACAAAUAAACUGCUUUUCUCACAAGGCAGUA